UGCGUGUAUGUGCAUGUGUGUGUUUCAGCCCCAGCGGUUCAUGGUAAGAGCAGAAGGCUGCCUCAGUGGGAGAGUGUGUGUGUCAGGGUCUGGACGCUCACUGGAAUAUAACCACAUACAUGGACUAAAAACACGUGAAUAAGAGAGAGAAGCGCGUUCAUAUUCACCAGGGACACUGACUGUCAGACCAGCCACACCAGCCACCCACGCAGCCAAAAGCCAAACAGACUGAGGGAGGCCGAGGGGAUUGAAAAGAGGGACGAGAGGAGAUGGGCGAUUAGCCACUAAUCCAAGACAAGACCAAUCCUUAAGGAGUCAAUCUUUUUGCCCCUUGAGACAGACUGUCGUGAAGAUUACCGCAUUUACUUAUUAUUGCCUUUAAAAUCCUUCUUUCUUCAUUUUUUUUUUGGCCGGAGUCGCCUGGAUUUGUGGGACUUUAAGCAUGGAGAAGGGGAGCCCAUGGCCAGGACACAGUGUGUUAAUGCAGGGAUAAAUUAGUGAGCCUUUGUGGGGUGCCCUGGACUCCCCCCACUAAAAGAGCACACCACAGCGGGACACUGAGUAAACUGGGAUUAAAGCAGUGCACAGUCCGGCUAAUUAGUCACGGGAGCUGUGUCUUUAUUUUACCAGGAUAAAGCAAAGUACUUCAAAUGAUGUUAUGCUCAUGAUUCAGAGGGCUUUGGGUUUCCACGCUUCGCUGCUUGGUCAGAAAGCGGGCUUGUGGGUGGAUGUCACAAGAGGUUUUGUAGGGAGACGCCAGCACAAGACUCUUUAUCAACACAGUCUAGAAUUGCACAGUUAGUGUUCUGCAAACAGAGGACUUGUUGAAGUGCUGUGGGCUAAAUAGAACAUCAUAGCUGAGCUCUUCACCAUAUGAGGGCAUGAGACCUACUGCCAUGUGCCAAUAGCACAACUUUAAAGCUCCUCUUUAAAAGAAGAGACGGAUAAAAUAAAAGGGCCAGGAUCUGGAAUGCGGGCAAGGCCAAAUUAAUAGGCCAUUUAAAAGCUGAUGUAGUCCUGUUGGAGCGGCGUAAUAACUCAUUAAUGAAGUCGAACUAACAUGUGUGGGAGGCCAGUCUUGGCAGAAAGCUCGUAAAACACGCAGGCCUGUAAAUGUGCUCUACUUUGUCAAAAUGUUUAAGGAGCAAUGGCCAUUAUACAUUCCAGCUUGAAAUAACAGCAAAAGAAAACAGCAGCAGGGCAUUGUCGAAGACUUUUAUUUUUCUUUAAAAGAAGUUGGUGAAGCGAGUCUUUAUCUGAUACCACUCAGUAUCUUGGGUGCUUUUGGCUGUAUAUAAGCCCAUAUUUUGAAUAAGCUUUAGGCUGCUCUUUGUAAAGAGCUUGGCCUUUUCCAGUUUCUCAGGCUCACUCACAGAUUGAGAAACUCCACUUAAGGGGUAGGAGGCUUAUUUGCAGCAAGAUAUAUUGCUAAUAAAUGACCAAGAUACUAUUUGUUACUUGCCAAAAACAAAUACUCCCCCCCUUUUUGAUUUAGGGUCCAUGACCACGAAGCCAUUUGGAAUUUGGACACUCGAAGAGCAAUGGACUUUAGCCUGGGGAAUUUGGCAUAGAACAUAACCUAGUUUUCCAAAGCCUAGAAUCAGCAGGAUAACUAACUGUGCAGCAGAAACGUCCCCAUUAUUUUUGUAUCUCAGCACUACCCACUCAUACCGCAUGCACCACGUCACUUUCUUUUUUUGCACAAAAAGAAGCUUGCAUAUAUUUUCUUAACAUUUGAUCUUCCUCAACACGCAGCGGUGGACGCUCUCAGAUUCAAAUAGAAGGAGUUUCAUGGUUCCAGUUCUGAACCACAAAAGAUAUCUGCAGCUGGAGCUGGAUUUAUUUCUGAGCUUGUGUUUUCUGAGCCAGAAACCCCAAAACAACUGCGCGUCCCAGCAUCUCUGACCACAUACUCGACCAAGGUUUCCAGGAUUGGGGACAUGCAUAUUUUCAACUCGCAUCCAUCUCAACUGGAGCAUUUUGGACAUGGACAAGAACCGGCAACGAAAUGCGUACUUUCUCAUGGAAAAAGCCUUUCUGAGAAACAUCUCUCUCAGCUGCAGUUUUUUCAGUUUUGCUCUGAGGAGCCCUGAGCCAGGCAUAGUUUUGCAUGAAUGGUAAUGUGUGGAUCAUUUCCUGUCUACAUUAGGCCAGAUUCUUUUCACUGCAUAGGAGAAAUCCUGAACUGCUGGAUUUUUACUGGAAUAGCAGAACGUCCAGCUCAAAGUAUUUUGAGUGUUUUUGUUUGUUUGUUUGUUUCGUGUGGGUAAUUCUCAUUGUCAGCCCAGGAAAACGCUGCAGUCAUGAACUUGGGCAAGCUGUCAGGACUAAAGGGCCUGGUGUCCCACUCAUCAGGCAAGCGCCGCUUUAAGGGUGAUUUGACCCCGGAGAUGAUCAGCCCACCGCUGGGUGACUUCCGCCACACCAUGCACGUGGGCAGAGGGGGCGAUGUUUUCGGAGACACAUCAUUCCUUAGCAACCACGGAGGAGCAGGGAAUGCUGGAGAUGGAGACUCCAUCACUGCCUCAGAGAAAAGUGAAGGCUUCUUUUCUCGAACCCUGCGCCAUGUCCGCAAAACCCCAGAGAGGCCACGGGGAAGCACCAAAGACCUUUCUCCCCCACCUCCACCCAUUUCCCCCAUCAUAAAGAACGCAAUAUCUCUCCCUCGUCUGGAUGUGGACACGCCCAACGGCUGCCCUGUUAAAGUGCUGUUCCCCAGCACGCCCAAAUCACCCGAAGACUCUACAUACUCCUAUGGUUUGGAGUCUGGUUUUGUCACGCUGCCCCGGUUGUCCCGCACUGAACGUUCAACGCAGGGCAGCUCCCCCACUGGCUGUUCUGCCCAGAUCCACCGUGGCUCCAUCACUGACAACAACGCCAUCCCGUCCUUCUCCUGCCCAGAUACCCUCGGCCGCUCUGACUCCAUCUCCUCCUUCACUGUGGAUCUCGGUCCCUCCCUCAUGUCUGAGGUUUUUGGCAUGAUUGACAGCCCCACUGACCAACAGGAAGUCACUGAAGUCUCUGAGGUUGAGCACGAGCCCAAGGCUCUGUUUGGGUUGUCCAAUGGCAAAGCUGGAAUUGACCUGGAUGCUAAAACGUCACUGGUGGAUUCCCUUUUGAGGGAGGAUUCUGAGGGCCGGAGCCGCUUGUAUGGUGUAGAAUGGGGGCGUGGGGACGUAAUGAACAGAGAAACCCCGAAAAGGCCUACAGGUGUGCCUGGUGACCUGGUGCAAUCUUACACUGCAGGAGAACACGGCAUGGAGGCUGAGAGAUUUCAGAAGGCUGCAGAUGUGCUGGCACGUCACUACGGCAGCGGGACUCGCAAGAACAUUGACAUUAGCUGCUCUCAAAAGAGAGGGAAUUACACUUACCUGGAUGAAGAGGAAGAGAUCAAAGUCUAGCCUAAAGAAAGGAUGCUCUUGAGAUUAUCAAAAAUAUUUUUAAAUGAUUUAAUUUCAUGGUAUUAAGACAUUAAGAUAUUUUAAGGAUUUAAAAGGAUUACAAAACUUAAUAUGGAUACCGAGUGUCUUUUCAGUGUGAAUGUGUUUAAAAUGCAAAAUACAUUUUCAUGGCACUCUCUUCAAAAUAAAAAAUAAAAUAAAUAAUAAAAAGGAGGACCCUAGGAUUUGACAGAAAAGGAAAAAGACUGUUUUAUCAUGGCUGUGGAUAUUAUUGAAUUUAAAGAGUCAGGCAGUGGCUUAGUGUUUUGUCUAAGGGAGGCAUCACACCACACAGUUGAAGUUGUAACACUUGAAGUGUUAAUUUAACACUGAGAGUGUUGGUUUAGCUCCCAGUGAUGCUGAAUUGGCAGCAGUUGGAAAAUAAGUGGUGGUUGACUUCACAUGUUUUGGAGGAGGCAUGUGUUAAUCUUUACCCUCAUAGUGUUAGGGACAUUAGUAAUAAUAGAGGAAGUUUAUAUUAAUGAGGAUUUGGCUUUCCAAAUUGGGAAGGAAAUGGGUUAAAUUUAGCAUUUACCACUGACAAAUUUACUGUAGACUUCCUAAUGUUAGAUUCUGAUACUGCAACCUUGAGUGUCUGCUGAUGCUGAUAUCAAAUCAACAGCUUGUUUUUUCUCUUCAACUAAGCUGUUAACAACGUAUUUGUCUGAAUGCACUUUGCCUGUGCUCAAGCUGUGAACAAAAUAUUCUACUUCCUUAUUAAGUCUAGAAUACUGGCAAGCAGACUUAAACACGUGUAGGGUUGGGUUAUAGGAUUAAAAUGACUAUGUUUUUCCUCCGAUAUUCGAUUCAGUAAUUCUGGACAUCAUUACGACAAUGCUGAUGCUAUUAUCAGAUUGAUACAAUCCUAGUUUUAUCCACAGCCAUGAUACAAUACAACAUUUUUCAUUUUAAAAACAGAAACUUAAAAAUUCCUUUUUGUACUUAAGUUGGACUGAGAGCAACAGACAUGUAGCUGGAAAUGUGUGGUGAAUGAGGCAUGUAUGGAGUCAUUGAGUCAGGUGUGGAUGGUGCUUUAAAGGGAACAAUGAGAGUUGAAAGAAUGUAGAAUAGAUGUUGAAGAAUAUGAUGAAUCUUUUUUAUUUUUAGUUUGGACAUGUUGUAUGAUAAUACUUGUUGAAGUGAUUGAGUAAGUGAUAGAAAGUCUUUUUCUCCUAAUUAUAAACAUUAGUUAUAUUCAAUAGCCAGAUCCCAAAGCCAAACAUGAGUGCCUCCUGCCAGAGAUACAUUCUAUACACUUUUAUGUGCCAGGUUAUAUAUAUACAUUAUUUUUUUCUUUCUUUUUAAGAGCUAAGCUUCUUAUAGUUCUGUUUUUUUUAGCAUUUAGCACAAUUUAUUAAACCAAACUGCAUUGUUUUUCUUUUCAAAAGGUAUGUUUAAAAAUAACCUAAACAAUAUGAACUAUUCCAGAACUUAUGGUAUACUCUUAAUUUUUGCGCCAGUACUCUUGGUGCAUUUGAAUGGUUUAUUACACAUGUAUUAUGCUUCAUGUAAACUUUGAUUAAGCCUUAUUCCAAACAAAUAUAAUGGGAAAGCAGUUUUAUUAAUCAAAUUAUGCUGUGAGCUGUGAUUUCUGGGCAAAUCAACAGGGCAAAAACAUUUUUUAUGGUUCUGGAAAUUCUGUUUCUCAUUUAGUUUAUUAGGCAAUAAAUAUUUGUGUCCACAAAUAACCAACAAAAUCAUAAAACACUCAAGUUUUGUCAUAAGAAGGUCUUUUUACAAUAUUUGUUUGACACACCAAAGUUUUAGAUUAUAACAGCUUAUAUGAUGUUUAUAUAAAUUUAUUUUUUUUUACUAUGACAGAGGAGUUGACUUCUCGAUGAUGUCAUCUAUACUGUAUAUACACGAAUGUGCUCUUUUUGCACAGGAACUACACACAGACCUAAUGUAUUCUUAUAAAAAUAUCAACUGUUUCUAAUAAAAAAAUAAAGACAACAGUAAAAAAUGA